UUCCAACUAGGGGCGGAGCUUUCAUGGAGGAAGUAGCCCCUUCAGAUUGACUGUGGUGUGUGUACGUGUGCUAAUUUACCUCCAUAGAAAGUGUCGCGAAUCACUGGAUCAACAUAGCGGGGCCGAAUUCCAUCCGCGGGCUCGGGGUGGACGAGCCACGCUCGGAUCCGAACGCCAACCAGCGUGGUGCAAUUCGUUCGUCGUGGUGUGCGAACCCCGGCGGUCCCGAAGCGAGCAGUAUGCAUUUGGACUGCAGGCUGCUACUAUGGAAAGAGCGGUAAUGGUGGGCAGGGGGCCGACAGGGGCCGGGGUUCUCGUCCUGUCGUUCCUCGUCAUCAUCUUCACCGCGGAAGGUUGCAGGGCGCAGAAAGGGGAUGGCUGCGGUCCCACAGUGCUGGGCCCAAUUAGCGGGACCCUGUCAUCACUUGGCUAUCCAGGGCCGUACCCUAAUAACACGGUGUGCGAGUGGGAGAUCAGCGUGCCGCCUGGAAAGAGAGUCCACUUCUGCUUUGCCGAGCUGGACAUCGAUGACGGCGACUGCCAAGUCAACUACCUCCGCUUGUACAACGGCAUCGGACCUGAUAGGAGCGAGAUCGAAAAGUACUGCGGUUUGAAGGUGAAGAUGGACAAGCUAAUAGAGUCCACCGGCAACCAGGUGACCGUUCAGUUCAUGAGCGGAUUCCAUCACACUGGACGUGGAUUCUACCUGUCCUACUCCACCACAGAACACACAGAUCUCAUCACCUGCCUGCACAAAGGAAGUGAUUUCUCUGAAGCGGAAUAUAGCAAAUACUGUCCAGCCGGAUGCUUAACAUCUACAGAGGAGGUUUCCGGGACAAUACCGAUUGGCUACAGAGAGUCGUCUCCCUUGUGUCUGGCCGCCGUCCACGCUGGCGUGGUGUCCAACGCUGUGGGGGGAAGGAUCCAUGUGGUAAGCAGCAAAGGUAUCCGGCACUACGAGGGCACACUGGCUAACAACGUCACAUCCACUGGAGGAACCCUUUCAAACAGUCUCUUCACCUUCAGGACAAAUGGCUGCUAUGGAACGCUAGGACUAGAGUCCGGCGGCGUGGCGGACAUUCAGAUCUCUGCGUCCUCUGUGUGGGAGUGGAACAAUUCGGAGGGCCAGCACAGCUUGUGGGCGCCGUCGGGAGCGCGGCUAAAAAAGACGGGACUACCUUGGGCGCCCUCCCAGAGUGACCAACACCAGUGGUUGCAGGUGGACCUGAAAAGACAGAUGAGGAUCACAGGCAUCACCACCACCGGCUCUACUCUGAGGGAGUACCCGUACUACGUGGCGGCGUACCGCAUCCUCUACAGUCACAACGGCCAGCGCUGGUUCAGCUACAAGGAGGCCAACACCACACAAGACAUGGUUUUCCAAGGCAACAUUAACUACCUGCACGAGGUAAGGAAUAAUUUCAUUCCCCCCAUGGAGGCACGCUACGUGAGGAUAAACCCAACUUGGUGGCACCAGAGGAUUGCCAUCAAGGUGGAGCUGCUGGGAUGCCAAGUGCCGACAGUGAGGACAGGCGCUGAACCCAGGAUGUUCCCACCACCCCGUUUCACACCCCGCCCAGCUCUACCCAAACGUCCACGUACGUUUGGCAAGACCACCUCACCUCCAGACAUCAGGAACACCACCAUGCCACCGCACGCUGGCAAAGAGGUGGCGCUAGCGGCUGUUCUUGGCCCAGUCAUGGUGUUGACGGCACUCUUCUUGCUGGUGAUUUGUGCUUGGCACUGGAAGAGUCGGAAGAAGAGCUCUGAAGGAACGUAUGAUCUUCCUCACUGGAAUCGCAGUGACUGGUGGAAAAGUAUGAAGCAGCUGCUGCCGUCCAAGUUGGUGGAGGUGGAAGAUACGGUACGCUACAGCAGCAGCGAAGUUGGACGGCUGACUUCGAGGGGCGCCGUUCCGAGACUGCACGCCGAACCUGCAGAAUACGCGCAGCCCCUGGUCAGCGGCGUGACAACGCUGGGCGCACGCUCCACCUUUAAACCCGACGAGGGACCCGACCCGGGGUACAGCGACCCCGAUCUGUACGACGCGCCCAUAUCGCCCGAUGUCUACCACGCGUACGCCGAGCCCCUGCCCGCCUCGGGAGCCGAGUACGCCACGCCCAUCGUGGUGGACAUGGGCCGUCACCCGCAGGGGGCCGCGCCGACUACAUUGUUACUGACACGGACAGACGGAGGCCGGUCGGCGUACGACACGCCUAAAAAUGCAGCGGGGCAGGAACUGACCUAUCAAGUGCCUCAGUGCGGUGCCAACAGAGCCGAAGGAGGCGUGUGAUUGGCCGACGAGUUGAGCUUUCCUCAGUUUGUACAGAGCACGAACGCCGAGUCGAACCCGCUUGCGUUGGCGCCAUUCCAGUCGGAUCACUGAAAGCGCAGCGAUGAAUGUUCGCGUGGAGCUCACGAGACGACUACUGUUUUCAAAAUCUGUGAUUUUUGCUUUUGUGAAACUGUGAUUUUUUUUUUUUUUUGUGUGAUGGUGGAAUAACACAACAAAUUUCCCCUUUUGCUUCCUUCUCCACGGUACGCGUCGUUGUUCAAAGCGUGACUUGAACUUUUCACAGCUCGUGAUUCUCUCGCUGUAAAUCUAUUACAAUUCCCAAGUGAUUAUUUUUUUCCAUAUUUAUUUUUCAAUCCUGCUGAUGACGAGAAGCCCAAACGCUGCCCAACACACGCAGACCAAAUGAUGCCUUUUUUUGUGUUUGUGUCACAACUCAGCAGAAUGAAAGUUUCAAAGUCUUAAUGUGAGAAAUAAACUUUUUAAUGAAUGGAAGCAAAAUGUGGUUAAUCAUUGGAGACUAAAUGCCGGAAAGAAUUGACAUACUGUAUAUACGUGAUAGAUUAAACAAAUAUUACAAAAGUUAAUGUAAAAAUGUAUGAAGGCUUCAAAGUCCUAAAUUUGCAUAUUUGAGCGUAGUUUGUUCUACUCAUGUACACUAAAACAUUCAGCAUUUAAAGGCAUUGUUAUCUUCAGAUUCAUUAAACGAUCAAAAUUUAUCACGUAUAUGGCGGAAAACACUCAGGUGACUUGAAGUUCCGCUCUGAGACCCCCAAUUUGGCCAUAUUUCAAAAUUGUCCAUGUGUGAUACAUCAUUGGAAAGCUUAAAAUUUCAAUUUUUCUGGGGGAUGAAAAAUUUUGAACAGGAUGGCAUUUUGAAAACAAAUUUUUUUAAACAGCAAAACUCUAACUAGAGGUGAGAGGAUGAGAGAGCAGAAUUAGACGCCACGAUUUUAACGAGAUUUUAUCGCGUAUUUACCUUUUUUCAAUCCAAAAACUCCAUGUAGCAUCACCGAGUGUCAAGAAACAGCUGUGAAUGGCCAUGGGGGGAUUUUAUGGGUGAAACAUGGUAAUGUAACAAGGGGCGCGAUGUAGUAAUCGUAGACAUCAAGUAGUUGUUGAGAUUUUCUUUGUCAUGUAUUUACCCCUUUUAAACUUUUUUUUUUCAAUUUUUCUUUGGAUCGAAUAUUUUCAUCUAAAAUAUUGAGGGGAAAUGCAACGGUUAAAAAGAAAAAAAAAAAAAAUUAAGCGAUAGUUAUGAGGUAGAUAUCCUGGAUUUUUUACAGACAUUUUUUUUUCAUUGUGACGUAAUUUGUUUAAAAGUUUAAAUAUUAUUCACUCGCAUAUUUAAUUUUUUUUUUUUUUAACUAAAUAAUAGGCAUUAAUUCAUGAUUCUAAGCUAAAAAUGACAUUUUGAAAAAUAAAUUCCUUUUUAUGGCUGGAUGGAAACAAAAGCGGUUGUGAGACUUUGUAAACGGGGGUUUCCAGGGUAAAACAGACAAAUUAAAAAUUGUUCGGGGCUUAUUGCGCCACGAAUCUGCUAUUGUAGCAUAUAGAAAUAUUGUUCUAUCAAACACAUGUUAUUUUAGCUUAAAAUAAAGCAGUUUAUUUUAAGGAGGGGUGCAGGAGCAGAAA